AUGCGUGCAUCUGCUUCACUUUUUGCCCUCGCGGCUGCCCUUUCCGGCUUCCAUGGUGCCUCUGGUGCCGCUAUUCCUCCUCCCAACGGACAGUCUUUGGCUCAAUCGAGCAUCCACUAUCGCAUUGGGACUCCGAUCCAGACACCUGAAGCUGGAGCUGUGAAGCGGGAUGAGAAUGCCGUACUACCCACGAGCGCCCAGGGAUCUACGGACGAGGUGAAUGGAGUUGACAUGAAUGGUGGUAUUGAGCGCCGGGGUAAGGGCCGGGGUAAGGGCCGGGGUCGCAACCACAACAAUAACAACAAUAACAACAACAAUAACAACAACAAUAACAACAACAAUAACAACAACAAUAACAACAACAAUCGCAACAAGCCCACCCCAAAGCCUCAGAACACUCCUAAGCCUUCUAAUACUCCUCACCCUAGCCAGCCGGCUACCAACAAGCCGGCUCCCCCCAGCCAGUCCGCUCAGCCAAGCAAACCUGCCCAUCCCCAGACCAACCAACCUAACAAACCGGCUCAAACGAACCAGCCUGCUCACCCUAGCUCAUCCGCUCACUCUAGCCAGCCGGCUCCCAGCCAGUCUGCUCAGCCAAGCCAACCCGCUCAACCCAGCCAACCCGCUCAACCCAGCCAGUCCGCUCAACCCAACCAGCCCGCUCAACCCAGCCAGUCCGUUCAACCCAGCCAGUCCGUUCAACCCAGCCAGUCCGUUCAACCCAGCCAGUCCGUUCAACCCAGCCAGUCCGCUCACCCCAACGAGCCCGCUGAGCCCAACAACCCCGCUGAGCCGGACGAGCCUAGCGGCCCCUCUCACAACAUCGAAUUCAACCCCGAGAUCAACAUUCCCGACCCCACGCAAUCGGAUCCCACGCAGGACCCUGCACAAGACCCUGCACAAGACCCUGCCCAGGACCCCGCGCAGGAACAGGAGAACCCCGAGAACCCUGAGAACCCCGCAGCAGAGGCCCCUCCUGCUCCCGCUCGCCGCGACAUUUCCAAGCGCAAGAAGCACAGCAGGCCCAGCAAGCCCACCAACAAGCCUAACAAGCCUAGCCAGCCCGCCAAGCCCAGCAACACUCUCGAGACCAACAACAAUAAGCCUAGCAACACCCAGAACGCCCAACCUACUCCCCCCAACCACGCUUCUUCCUCCGCUCACCCUCAGCCUACCCCUUCGAACCACCCCAACGAGCCCAACAACCAGCCUGACAACGAGCCUGACAACGAGCCUGACAACGAACCCGGCCACGAGAUCUCCAUCAACCCCGAAAUCAACCUCCCCGACCCCACCCAGGAGCAAGAGCAAGAACAGAACCCCGAGGAGAACAACGGUGACCUUGCCCGCCGGGACCCCCGUGGCAGCAGGGGACGCCACCACCACCACCACGUCGAGUUGAACCCUACCUUCAACUUCGCCCCCGCCCAGGGCAACGGUGAUGACGACAGCAGCAACGAUGACAGCAGCCUUGCCCGUCGGGACCCUCGCGGUGGACGCGGCCGUACCCACCACCACACCAACUUCGAGUUUAACCCUAGCAUCAACCUUCCUGACACCCUUAACUUCGGUGGUGGCGGUGAUGACAACGGGGAUGGCGAUGACAGCCAGAAUUAA